UAUUUUUACUGGCGGGCGGAAGUAUAUGAACAGGGCGCGUAGGGUGUUCCUCAUUGGAGCGGUUUAAAGUGGACCAGACCAGGACCCAUCUCCCUAGAAAAACAGAACAUGUCUCGAUUUAAAAGACCGAAUAAGACGAACUCUCUGGCGGGGUUCAGGUCGGAACAGACCGAACCGACUGUUCCUAACGGUCUGCUGAAGGCAGCGAGAAAGAGCGGCCAGCUGAACCUGUCCGGCCGGGGACUGACAGAAGUUCCUCAGAACGUGUAUCGAAUUAACGUUGACCCACCUGAGGAGGCGAAGCAGAAUGUGUCCUUUGGAGAGUCAGAUCGCUGGUGGGAGCAGAGUGAUCUCACAAAACUGCUUCUUUCAUCCAAUCAGCUUACAGAACUGUCUGAUGACAUCAGACUACUGCCUGGACUUACUACGCUUGAUCUCCAUGACAACAAGUUGAGUAGUUUACCCAGCGCUAUAGGAGAACUUCAGGAGCUCCAGCAACUGCGAGUAAACCAUAACCAGCUGACAACACUACCAGCAGAGGUGUGUACUAUGAAGAACCUGCGCUGCCUCACUCUCCAGCAGAACCUGCUAGACAGCUUACCAGAGGAACUUGGAAUACUGGAGAACCUAACUGAGCUGGACCUGUCCAACAACAAUCUGAAGGGCCUUCCUUCCAGCCUGGGUCAGCUCACCUCCCUGCAGAAGCUAAGCCUUUGUCACAACAAGCUCAGCUGUCUGCCUGACAGCCUGGCCCAGCUCAGAAGUGUUAAGCUGUUGGACUGCAGCAAUAACCAGCUGACAGACGUCCCUUCCGGCCUAUCAGAGAUGCCUGCUUUGGAGCAACUUAACCUCAGACACAACAAGCUCCGCCUCCUCCCAAAGCUCUCUGCACCCAUGCUCAAGGAGUUAUAUGUUGGGAAUAACCAGAUUGAGCUGUUGGAGACGGAGCAUCUGGCUUGUCUGACAGCCAUCUCUCUUCUAGAACUCAGAGACAACAAGAUUAAGACCCUCCCUGAGCAGAUCACCCUCAUGAACACGCUGACACGCCUUGACCUCACCAACAAUGAUAUUUCAACUCUUCCAGCAUCUCUCAGCCUACUGCCCAAUUUAAACGUGUUACUGUUGGAGGGAAACCCUCUGCGAGGAAUCAGAAGAGAUAUACUCACGAAAGGAACCAAUGAGCUCCUGAAAUACUUACGAGGAAGAAUUAAAGAGGAGCCAGAGAGAGCAGAGGAAGGAUCUACAGCUAUGACCUUACCCAGCCAGGCUACAGUCAAUGUACAUAGCAUUAAAACCUUGAAGUCUUUGUUGUACAGUGAGAAGCAGGCGUCUGAUAUUCCAGAUGAGCUGUUUGAUGGAGCAGCAGAUCAAGGUGUUACCACUGUUAACUUCAGCAAGAACCAGCUGACCUCCAUACCAUCCAGGCUGGUGGAGCUCCAAUCCUCAGUGUCUGAUAUCAAUCUGGGUUUCAACAGAAUCUCCUGCUGUUCUCCUGACAUCUGCAAGCUACUGCAGCUUAUGCACAUCGACUUUGGGAAUAACCAGCUGAGUGAUUUGCCUCCUGAAAUGAAGAACUUGACAAAACUGCGAUCCAUUACCCUUAAAUACAACAGGUUCAAGUCUUUCCCUGAGGUCCUCUGUCAGAUCAUUUCCUUGGAGACGGUGUUACUUGGAAAUAACCAGGUGGGCGAGGUGGAUCCUUGUCGUCUACAACAGUUGGUUCAUCUGACAACUCUGGAUCUAUCCAACAAUGACCUGCUGAAUAUACCCCCUGAACUGGGCCUGUGUACCACCCUCAGGUGUCUCAGUCUGGAGGGAAAUCCUUUCCGCACACCACGAGCAGCCAUAGUGGCCAAAGGAACAGAUGCGUUGUUGGAGUACCUGCGCAGCCGCAUACCUACAUGACCCCUAAACUAAGCUGGGACAGAUCAACCUGCAUGAUUAAGGAAUGUUUUGUUCUGUGAAGUUCAGAUAUCUUCUCAAGUCACUUUGAAGUACUCGGCCAACUUAAAUUGUUAAAUAAAUAUGAAAUUUAAUUUUUAAUGUUCCUUCAGCAACCAGGUUUGGGUUAGAGGGAUGUGGUGUCCAAAUGAGACAAAUAUUUUUUGACAAUCAAAUUUAGAUGCAUUAGUGCAUCAGAAAAAGACUUCUCUUUUUAAAGUUGGUGAGAACUGUGGAGAUGAGUGGGAGGAUCCAUCUGUAAAACAGGCAUCCCUGCACAGAAGGAGAAGAUACCAAAUGGCUAAUUAACAAAGGAAAUCAAGCUAGGUGGUUAAGCACUUCCAAAAAUCAAAAAUAAUCAGAAAUUCUUCAACUGUGUUUUUCUUUCCUCUAGUCAUUGUAUAAUUUGUCUUUAAAAGGGCACAUGGGCAAUCUCACAGGUCAGCUUUUACAGUUUAAUUAAAAUGUCAACAACUUGGGUAUUGAUCUAAAAUCAAAAACACAUUAGAAAAUUGUAAAGAGGAGUAAAACUGAAGCCUAUAAUCAUUCAUUUUUACUGAAACUCAGAAUAGUAGUAGUGUUCCCAUUCAAUAUUUUUGUGCACAUUUUGUAUUGUUUUACUAAAGCUAUAUAGAGACAAAGUUGGAAAAAAAACUUAAAUCAAUUGUAAUUUGGUUGUUUUUACACUGGUGACCCCGCUGGUGGGCUACAUGGAUGGAAUGGAAACUGGCCAAUAAAAGCUCUGAUGCAACUCUGA